AUAGAUUGUAUGGUUUAAAUAAUUUUUUAAUCCAUUAAACUGUUCACGUUACAUCGAAAACACAAUUCACAGUAUAUGGCAGCUUCCGGAAAAAGACUGCUUGUACAACGGGACAAGAUUCAGGUUAAUUUUAUCGCAAACCGUGGAGACAAACGUCCAUUUUCUAAGAACUUAAAUGGAGUCAUGCCUGGCGCAAGGAUGCACAGGAGCGACAGAAGGCACACUAGGUUCGCUGUUCCUGCAACUGAUGCAAACGCUGAUGUCGGCUCGGUGUUCAUUGAACGAGGAUCUGUACCCGGCGGAUCAAACGACGUACAUCCUGUCCAAAGCAUCAGAGCCUAUUCACUAUGAUUUCAUAAUCGUUGGAGGAGGAAGCGCGGGUUCCGUUGCAGCGAGGCGGCUUUCCGAAGUCGAAGAGUGGUCAGUGCUGCUAGUAGAGGCUGGGGAAAACCCUUCGGCCAGCACCGAUGUCCCAGCGCUGGUGAUGGACCUGCUUGGGAUCCCGGAGGACUGGGAGAGCGAGUUGGAAGCACAACCCGAGGCCUGCCUAAGCAUGAAAAACGGACGGUGUUCAUGGCACAGGGGAAAAGCGCUAGGCGGAAGCUCGACGAUAAGCGCGAUGUUGUAUCUGACGGGAAACAAACGUGACUUCGAUGCUUGGGCUGCGGCCGGAAAUGGGGGCUGGUCGCACGACGAGGUCCUGCCGUACUUCAAGAAGUCUCAGCAAAUGCCACCUGGUUUCGCUUGGUCGGACAGGUUCUUCGGUCAAGAUGGACCUCUGGUCAUCAGGAACUUCAACUUUUCCGAGAGCGCUAUUCAGGAUCUACUGCUCCAGGCUGUCCGGCAACUCGGCCUUGCCACUCCCGAUGCCUUCAACGGUCCUCACUUUACUGGAUUCGCUAAAGCCCACGGGACUCUGGAGAGUGGAAAACGGGUGAACACGGCGAAAGCUUAUCUGGGACCAAUCAAGGACAGAAAAAACCUCCACGUAAUCAAAGGAGCGCAUGUCGACAAAAUCGUUUUGAAGGAUGAUCGGGCGACUGGAGUUGACGUGACGCUGAGAAAUGGUCAGAAGAUCACUGUCCAUGCCAAGAAAGAGGUCGUAGUUUCAGCUGGAAGCCUUGGGACUCCACAGCUCUUGAUGUUAUCUGGAAUUGGGCCAAGAGAACAUCUCGAAGAGAUGGGAAUCAAGGUAGAGGCGGAUCUGCCGGUGGGGCAGAACUUGCAGGACCACGUGACCUGGCUAGGAUUGGGAAUCAGCUACGAUAAUGAUACGAAUUUGCCGAGACCGUCGAAGCUGCUGGACGCGGUUUACGAGUAUCUGAUGCACGGCAGGGGGGAAUUGUCGACGGUUGGGGGCGUUGAUACCAUCGGUUUCAUCGAUGUGCUGGACUGGGCGUCAGUUUACCCGAGCGUCCAGUUUCACGGCAUGUACCUGCCGAAGAACGAUCUUGGCAGGGCGGAAUUUUUCGCGAGAGCGUUCGGUCUCAGCGAAGAAAUUUCGCGAGAGGUGGUCGAACAGGCGAAGCGACGCGACACUCUGCAGCUUCUGACGUCGCUACUGAACCCGAAGAGCGUCGGUGAGGUCAGGCUGCGCAGCUCUAGACCUGACGAUUCGGUCAGGAUUUUUGCAAACUACUUCACCGAGCAGAGCGACGUCGAUCUGCUAGUGAAGAGCGUCGAGUUUGUCAAGGCGCUCGAGGACACACCGGUCUUCAAGGAACAUAACAUCAAGUUCUAUCAUACGAAGGUGCCGACUUGCGCCGAUCACCAGCUUGAGACGAAGGAGUACUGGGAAUGCAGUGUGAGGCAUAUUUCGGGGACGAUUCAUCACGCCGUAGGAACCGCCAGAAUGGGACCUAGUAACGAUGUGCGAUCUGUAGUCGAUCCUCGGCUCAGAGUUCGCGGAGUUCGGAAUAUUCGAGUUAUAGAUGCUUCUGUUAUGCCCAGUAUCACCAGCGGCAAUACCAACGCACCAACCAUCAUGAUUGCCGAGAAGGCUUCUGACCUCAUAAAGGAACGAUGGAUGGCUAAGGACGAAUUGUGAUGCCGUCGUCAGGGCCGACCGGUAUCAGAAGAUACGCUUUUACAGUUCGUCAAUUUUCUCCUGUCAUUGCUGAUCUAGCUUAUUCUUAAUUCAAAUCUGUACAUGCAGUUAAUCCUUUGAGAACACCUAUUGUCAAUAAAUUAUCAUGAAAGUA